AUGUCGACACGCAGAUCCGGUCGCGCGACUAAAGAGGUGAAGUACACCUCUGCAUCAGAAGGCUCAGACUUUGAGGACAAGAAAAAAAGGGCCAGGAAGCAAAUGAAAACGGCGAUUUCGAAGGAAGACGUGAACAACACCAAGAAGACACCAAAGGCGGCCGGGGUACCGAAGAAGGCACCGCCGAGAAAUGUUACCAAGAAGCGCGCCGCAGAGUCCAACAAUGAGAACGACGACGCGAUCGCCAACCAAAAUGAUGCCAUGACGACUUCCGCAGCCCCAAAGCCCAAACGCCAAAAGAAAGAUCCCACCACACUCGCAGCAGAAGCCCAAGAGAAAAAAGCAAAAGCCGACAAAGCUGCCCACAAAAAAGCUUGGCAAGAUUGGCUCUCUUCCCACGACAUCGAGGGCGAGAUGCUGGAAGAAGAGCCGGGCAAGGAUGAGAGCAUCACUCAAACUGAUGCGCUCAAGAAGUAUGGAGUGAAGAAAGAUGAAUUGAAUUCACUGCUACGAUUCGAGAAGAAGAACCCGUUGUACCCAGGUAUGAUGAAGUUGUUCCUGGAAGAGGAUGUAAGAGAGCUGGCGUUUAGGAAGAUAGGUGUACUGGAGGGCGCCCAAGGAGACGACGAGGAAAUUGUUGAGAAAGGGAAGCAGUUGUGGACUGAGGAGCAUAAGGAUGAUGUCGAUGGAGAGGAAGAGAAGUCUGUGAGGACUGAAACUAAAGGCAAGGACGCGGCAAGAGAUGACAAUGCAGAUGAGCCAGCCAAGGCUGAGAAACCAAAGAAAGAGGACAAGCCAGCCAAAACCAAGAAACAGGAAAAGGAGAAGACACCGAAGCAGAAAUGGGCAACCUACAUAUCCGAAAACUCUAUUGAUGAGGACGAGAGACUCGCCAAAGAGCCAUUCGAUCUCAUCAACCAAACUGACUGUAAGAACAGGUACAACUUGACGCCAAGGGACCUAGCUUGCCUCCCUUACUUUCCCAAGAAGAACCCAGCCUACGGAAAUACCAUGAAGAUAUUCAAGGAGAGCGUAGUGAAGUCGUUGGCCUAUAGAAAGACUGCGGUGCUGGCCGGGCUAGAGGACGAUGGUAAGGAUGAUGAGGGGCUUUUGGAGAAAGGACAGAAACUUUUCGAAGAGCAGUCUGAUCCAGACAAAGAUGAAUGA